AGUGGUUAGAAAGUGGUGUUCUAGCGUUCUAAUUAGAAACUUUUGGAAUCGUGCCAACAAUGUUUAUAUGAAUUUUUGUUACUGAAGCUAGCUACUUUGGAUAGACUUGGAUGACGACCAGCAAAGUUGUCCAAAUCUGUGAGGAUAUGGAGAGACGUGGGCUAAACCCCCUCGACCACCUUCCAGCACCCGCGAGUUCCAACAAGCCGUUUACCCCCUUCAGCAUCUCAGACAUCCUCAGCAAACCGUCUGUCAAACGAACUCGAAGAAUUCACCUGCUUCCAGCCUCCGAGAGACCCCGGCAUAGCAUCACUAUAUCAAAGCAGGCUCGUUUCACUCCAGCAUCGCCUCUGUGUGCUCUUCAGGAACUGGCAAGCAAAACCUUCAAAGGUCUCGAAUUAGGUGUACUUCAAGCAGCAGAGGGAAGGAAUGGGUUGACUCUGUUUGGUCAAAAGAACAGUCCUAAAAAGCGCCGCAAAUCUAGGACGGCCUUCAGUAACCACCAGCUAUAUGAACUAGAGAAAAGGUUUCUCCACCAGAAAUACUUGUCACCCGCAGACAGAGACCAAAUAGCCCAUCAACUGGCGCUGACAAAUGCGCAGGUCAUAACCUGGUUCCAGAAUCGACGGGCAAAGUUGAAGCGAGACUUGGAGGAGAUGAAAGCGGACGUGGAGGCAGUCAGAAGUAUAGUGCCUCUGGAUAAAAUUGCAGAACUGGAUGUUCUGGAGCGGUGUGCAACUGGAACCACGGGGCACUCGGGGCUCGAGUCCUCGCCACGGAUAGGUCACGAGUACAAGAAUGCGCACAAAUUAUGUCUGUCCCCCAUGUCGUCUCUCUCAGACCACACAAGUCAAGACUACUCCGAGGACGAAGACGUAGAUGUUGAUGUCUGAUGUGAAUCAGUGUAUCACAAUCCUUUGAUUCCCUAGAGGUUUUACCUAUUUAAGACGUUACAGUAUACGUAAAGCCAGCAAGCAUUCUAUUCCCAUAGAGCCUACAUGAUAUUAGUGUUUGCUGAAACUGAAUAGUGAAAUUAAUUUAUAGCCACAGCUAUGCAAGUCUAACUUCUUUUUGUUCACUACAGCAAACUUUCUCUGCAUUCAGUGUUUUUACAGUAGCUAAAUAAUAUAUACAUUUAGCCUAUAUUAUAUACAAUAGCAAAAAAUAAUAUGCUGCAAUGGGUGUAAUAAGAUUUAUU